AUGCCCAGACCAAUGUUGUACUACGACGACGAGGACGGGUCCCCGGACAGCGUGGGGUACAUCGAGGAAGACCAUCCGCUGCAGUUGCACGGCAACAGGGAACUGGCGGCGCAGGCCGUCAAGCUGCUCCAGGUGCCCAGCCGGACGGGCGACGCGUCGUUCGCCUCGUCCACCACCGACAUGGACGUGCCCAUUUACGUCAGAGGCCCGUCGGCCACGGGAAACAAGGUAGGCAAAUGUUUGUUUUUAACGCCCGUGUUUGUUUUUCCGGUUAUGUACCGCCGCCGUCGCGACGUUUGA